AUGUCUGAAAAAAGUGAUUUAGAGGAUGGAACUAAGGGAGCAAGAUCGGCUUGGAAAGUAAUCAUCAUACAGUCUCUAACAUGGGCUAUUAUGGUAGCGUCCAAUCUUGUUCUCUUCACAAUUUGGGCCACAAAAAGAGGCCAAGAUUUCAGCUUUCUAGGCCCAUUCUUAUUCAGAGCUUUCUCAGUUUUUCUCCUCUUUGGCCCCAUUCAGAUUUUGUUUCCAUUACUUUUGUUUCCAUUAGGUAAAUGGCCACAUAGAAUAUAUGGGUGCCUAGCAUCUAUUAUAUUUUGUAUCUGCCUUGUAUAUCACACAGACAACCAUAUCCAGAGGUUCCUCUAUGAUGGAUCCAAUUGGGAUUCUGUUUACUUGUAUCUAGACAUCAUUGGCCUCUUCUUCUCACUAGUUAGUACUAAUAUUUUGGAGCUGCUGAUUGAAGAUCUUGAAAUUGCAAAAUAUUAUAUUCCAUUGUAG